AUGUCCCACAGAUACGCUAACCCGCCACAGCCUCCGGUGACAUUCACCACUGAUCCGGCAUCCAUCGUUGCCUCAGCGGACGCAGCAUGCCGCCACGCCGAACAGGUCAUCAACGAGGAAAUUCUCGCCAACGUCACGCCCGAGACCGCCACGUUUGACAAUGUCAUGGCUGUGCUCCUCCAGGUCGAAAAUGAGUUCCAGCUGACAUCCAACGUCGCCGUUAUCCGCGAAAUACUGGGCAGCGGCAGCAGUGGGAAGGCCGACGGCACCCCGAGCGACCUCGAGAAAGCUACGCGGGCCGCGGCAAACCGGCUGAUGGGCUCCAUGAACGACUGGAAAGGCGACGAGAGGUUGAAACCCUUGGUAGAGGUGGUGUAUCAGCGAGAGCUGCAACGACGACAGCAGAGUGGCACGCCAGGCGUACUGGACGAUGAAAGUUGGAAGGCGCUAUGCCAGGAGCAGCGGAAGUUCUCUAGCGGGGUGGUCGAUUCAGCCAGUCAGGUGCGCAUCGCAGAGGUUGAAAAGAGACUUGCUGAGAUUGAGACGAUGUUCCAAGAUAACCUCCGCGUAGCACAAGAUUGUCUCUGGUUCACACGGGCUGAGCUUGACGGUGUGCCUGCAGCUACAAUUGAUGCAUUGGAUGUGGGGGACGGGGAGUUGGUCGGAAAGUUCACGCUGAGGCUCAAUGACCAUCAGGUCAGGGCCGUGGUGAGCCAGCUCACCUCGCCCACGAUUCGAAUGCAGGUAUACCUGGGCACGAGAAACCUGGCGAGGGAGAAUGACUUCCUAUUGCGAGAGGCCGUGAAGCUUCGCUACGAGGCCGCCCGGCUACGGGGCUACGACAGCCAUACCGCUUACAAAGUCGAGACCAUGAUGGCCAAAACAGCCUCGGCGGUAGAGAAUUUGCUGAGCGGCCUCCAGCAUCAAGUACUUGCUCGGCUUCCACAUGAACUUGAGAAGCUUCGCCGGCUCAAAACAGCAGACUCACAUGCUCAAGGAGAUGCAGACUCGGAAAUUAUCACGCGGGCUGACUUGCCAUACUACAGUCGCCUGUAUGAGGAGCAAAAUCACGGGGCCGACCAAGACUUGGUAGCACAAUACUUUCCGUUGGUGCCCACAGUGUCUAGAAUGCUCGACCUCUUCGGCAACUUGUUCGGCUUCGUCUUCCACAAGAUCACAGACACCAAACACGACCAGAUAGAGAGUCUAGUCUGGCACAAAGAUGUCAUGCUAUACAGCGUCUGGAAUAACGAACAGGAAGGGAGCGGUUUCGUCGGAUAUUUGUAUCUCGAUCUAUAUCCGCGUGACAGCAAGACCCUCGGCGCACAAUGCCGACCUUUGCAUCUCGGCUUCUUCGACCAGCGGACUUCCAAACGGCAUUAUCCGUCCACUGUGCUUCGAACCAACUUCCAGCAGGACUCGUUCCUCCAGCACGCCGACGUGACCCUGCUAUUCCAUGAGCUGGGCCAUGGCAUACACGACCUCGCUGGAAUUUGCAAGUACUCACGCUUCCACGGCGCCGAGACGGCUGGAGAUUUCAACGAGGCGCCCUCGCAGAUGCUGGAGAAUUGGUGCUGGGACGCCAGGGCACUGGGAAAGCUCUCAGGCCAUCACGAAACUGGCAAACCGCUGCCCGAUGAGGCUAUUGAGGCGCUUGUGGCCUCGAGGACGGUGCUGCCGGCUGUCAAAUUGAUGGGACAGCUCACUGUGACCUUGUUUGACAACGCGGUGCAUGGGGCACCAGCCGCCGGAGUUGAUACGAUUGAUGUGUCAGGUCUAUAUGCCAAGUACAACCAACUGGGUGGACUACACUGUGAAGGAGAUGAGUAUGAGCACGGCUACACGACGUAUCAGCACCUUUUCUCCGGCAACGACGGGACGAUGUACUGCUAUCUGUGGUCGAAGGCAAUUGCACAGGACAUGUUCGAGGCUGCGUUUGCGAAGAAUCCACUUGAUGAUGGAGUAGGAAGGCGAUACCGGCGUAUGGUGCUCGAGAAAGGCGCGAGUCAGGACGAGCUGAAGACUUUGAUCGAUUUCCUCGGACGUGAACCCUCCUUCGAUGCCUUUCACCAGCAUUUAGGCUUGUCGGGCUAGACCUGUGAUCAUUCACCUCAGGCUCCAUCAACCUUCCUAGCGCAAUCCCGGCAAAUUUCAGCCUCUGAGAUGAUGGGUAUUCUGUCCUUUCUCAAUGCAUCGGCCACCUACGUAUCACCAAUACCACUUUGGAAGCCCAUCAGCUGGUUGGCGCAAGGACACGUAGUUCUUGAUCUCUC